CUUUUAUUAAAUUUUCGGGCGCAGAUACUAAAAAAACAAAAAAACCUACAUCGCACACGUUUACAGAUUUAAUUAGAAUGUCAGACUCCGAAGUCAGCAAUAUGUCGGACAGUGGUUCAGAAGAUGGAUCGAUAUCAAACAAGUCGCAGCGCAGCGUCAGAUCCAAGUCUGGCCAGCGUUCGAGGUCCCGAUCAAGGUCGAUGUCCAGAUCUUCACGUUCAAGAUCCCGAUCGGCUCACUCGGGCUCUGGGUCCGACUCUCCGCAGCGUCGUGGAAACCAACCCAAAAGCGAAGAAUCGGGCGAGGAAGAGGAGGAGCCUCCUGGCGAAGAUAUUGACUCGGAGGAGUACGAGGAGGAAGAGAAUGACGAUCAUCCGCGAAAGAAAAAGAAAAAGGAACGUUUUGGAGGCUUCAUCAUAGACGAGGCAGAGGUGGACGACGAGGUCGACGAGGAUGACGAAUGGGAGGAAGGUGCCAAUGAGAUUGGAAUUGUUGGGAACGAGAUUGAUGAACUCGGACCAACGGCCAGGGACAUAGAAAUAAGGCGUCGCGGUACAAACCUAUGGGACACUCAAAAGGAAGAUGAGAUCGAAGAGUACCUGAGAAAGAAAUAUGCCGACGAAUCCAUUGCAAAACGUCACUUUGGCGAUGGCGGGGAAGAGAUGUCUGAUGAGAUCACCCAGCAGACCCUAUUGCCUGGCAUCAAGGAUCCCAAUUUAUGGAUGGUCAAGUGCCGCAUUGGAGAGGAGAAGGCCACAGCGUUGCUGCUGAUGCGAAAGUUCUUGACAUACCUCAAUACGGACGACCCAAUCCAAAUCAAAUCGAUUAUCGCACCCGAGGGCGUCAAGGGAUACAUUUAUCUGGAAGCCUACAAGCAGACUCACGUCAAAACAGCCAUAGAUAAUGUGGGUAAUCUUCGGAUGGGCAAAUGGAAGCAGGAGAUGGUGCCCAUCAAGGAAAUGACGGAUGUCUUGAAGGUGGUCAAGGAGCAGGUCGGCCUCAAGGUCAAGCAGUGGGUGCGCCUCAAGCGAGGCCUCUACAAGGACGAUAUUGCGCAGGUGGACUACGUCGAUCUGGCCCAAAAUCAGGUUCAUCUGAAACUUCUACCCCGUAUCGACUAUACACGAAUGCGCGGUGCUUUGAGGACAACAGCAACGGAAACGGACGAUGGCAAGCGCAAGAAGAAACGGCGUCCAGUUGCAAAACCCUUUGAUCCAGAGGCCGUGAGGGCUAUUGGUGGUGAGGUUCACUCAGAUGGUGACUUCCUACUCUUCGAGGGUAAUCGGUAUUCGCGAAAGGGCUUCCUCUACAAGAACUUCACCAUGUCAGCCAUUCUAUCGGACGGCGUAAAGCCCACCUUAGCUGAGUUAGAGCGCUUCGAAGAAUCACCGGAAGAGGUGAAUCUGGAACUUUUGGGCAAUGUCAAGGAUGACCCGACUUCGACUCACUCGUUCUCGAUGGGGGACAAUGUUGAGGUUUGCGUGGGAGACUUGGAGAACUUGCAGGCGAAGAUUGUGGCCAUUGACGGCACCAUGAUCACGGUUAUGCCCAAGCAUCAGGAUCUAAAGGAUCCUUUAAUUUUCAAAGCCAGCGAGCUGCGCAAGUACUUUAAAACUGGAGACCAUGCCAGGGUGCUGGCAGGUCGCUAUGAGGGCGAAACUGGUCUCAUUAUCCGUGUGGAGCCCUUGCGAGUGGUACUCGUCUCUGAUUUGACCAAUCACGAAUUGGAGGUCUUGCCACGGGACCUGCAGCUCUGCUCCGAUGUGGCCACAGGCGUGGACUGUCUGGGCCAGUUCCAAUGGGGCGAUCUGGUGCAGCUUGAUUCUCAGAAUGUGGGCGUUAUUGUGCGCUUGGAGCGGGAGAACUUUCAUGUGCUGGGCAUGAAUGGAAAGUGCAUUGAAUGCAAGCCAACAGCUUUGCACAAGCGACGAGAGAACCGCAAUACUGUGGCCUUGGAUGCUGACCAAAAUCAGAUUCGUCGCCGCGACAUUGUGAAGGUUAUGGAGGGUCCUCAUGCUGGACGUUCCGGAGAAAUCAAGCACUUGUAUCGCAGUUUGGCGUUCCUGCAUUGCCGCAUGUAUACGGAGAACGGCGGCAUAUUUGUGUGCAAGACACGGCACUUGCAGCUGGCCGGAGGCAGCAAGACCAACGUUAAUCCUGCCGGUUCGAUGGGCGGUCUCGGCUUCAUGUCACCGCGUAUUCAAUCGCCCAUGCAUCCGUCUGGCGGACGAGGCGGUGCCCGUGGUGGGGCGCGCGGCGGUAGGGGCGGUUUCCGUGUGACUCGUGACCGGGAAAUUUUGGGCAAAACCAUCAAGAUCAGUGGCGGACCCUAUAAAGGUGCCGUGGGAAUUGUUAAGGACGCCACUGAGGCCACGGCUCGUGUAGAGCUGCAUACUUCGUGUCAGACGAUAUCGGUCGAUCGGAAUCAUAUUGCCAUCGUUGGGGUGCCCGGCAAGGAGGGAAGCGUCUCCACAUAUGGACGGACGCCAGCACGUACGCCCGGCUACGGAGCACAAACGCCAAGCUACACUGCGGCAGGAUCCAAGACGCCCUUGGUGGGCAAUCAAACGCCCAACUGGGAUACAGAUACGCGUACUCCUUAUGGCACAAUGACGCCAUCGCAUGACGGCAGCAUGACGCCACGGCACGGUGCUUGGGAUCCGACAGCAAACACAACACCGGCGCGGAACAACGAUUUCGAUUAUUCGCUGGAGGAGCCCAGCCCAAGUCCCGGCUACAAUCCAAGUACUCCCGGCUAUCAGAUGACAUCGCAGUUCGCCCCCCAAACGCCGGGCACUCUAUACGGAUCGGAUAGGAGCUACAGCCCCUUCAAUCCCAGUCCCAGUCCUGCUCCCUCCCCGUAUCCAGUUGGCUACUUGAACACCCCAUCGCCAUCGACCUAUUCACCAAACACGCCCGGUGGCAUACCACAAUCUCCGUACAAUCCCCAGACACCGGGGGCCAGCCUGGACUCCUCGAUGGGCGACUGGUGCACCACCGAUAUCGAAGUUCGGAUUCAUACGCACGACGACACCGAUCUGGUUGGGCAAACGGGCAUCAUUCGCACUGUUUCCAAUGGUGUGUGCUCUGUAUUCUUGCGACAGGAGGACCGCAGCGUCUCCAUUGUCAGCGAGCACUUGGCACCUGUGCCGCCCAACAGUGGCGACGAGUUCAAGGUGAUCUAUGGCGAGGAAAGGGAGUCGGUGGGCCGUGUACUCUCCAAGCAGGAAGGCGACGUGCUCGUCUGCAAGAUAAACGACGAGGUCAAGAUGAUACCAGUUAAUCAUCUGUGCAAGAUGAAAUCCAUUGAUUAAACCCUGAAAACUUUGCAAAACAAGCGCAUGUUAAUCCCCACAAGUGCAGCCAUAAUUACAAUGGAACACGAAUUAUUCAAAAUAUUUCAGAUACAACAAAAUACAAGUUUAUUAACGGUAUGAGAACGAUAUAUUGUAACGAAUUGGCAGAACAAGAAGGCCAAGGAUUUGAAUGUUAUGCCGGAUCCACUGGGAAUAGCCAGUCCUUAGCUCAGAGUUGUUUGGAGUAAAACUUAAAUUCAUUUUUAAAUAAAAUUUGAAAUUAUUAAC